AUGCGGCCCCACCACACUCUCCUCGCGAUAUGCUCGCUCCUGGGCUUAUCAGCAAGCUCCCCAAUAUCAACACCUGAUACCGACCCAGUCCUCAAAAACGCCAAUCACAUCUUCAACGUCAUCCAAGACUCUAUGCGACAAUGGGGCUCAUCCCUCCACCACAACGGCGUCUCAUUCUUCCUCGCAACCGUUCCAGCCGGAACACAGCUAUACCACGGAACAUCGGCUUCAGUCCCCGUCAACGGAACAGAAUGGCUAGCCUUUGAGCCCGAGCAUGCUCUCGUCUUCGCAAGGGCACAUCGCGGUCCUCCCGGUGGAAAGGACGAGAAGCCCGGACCGAAGCACGAAGAACUCCGCCGUCGGAGGGGAGAUGGACCUCCACCACCCAUGCGAGGUGAUGGAGACAAGGAUGAAGACGGUAGUGCCAAGGGCUACCUGCACACAUACGCAGCGGCGAAGAAUCUUCGCCUUCUUUAUAUUGAUGGUAUGUCUGCUGGAAAGACAGAGAAAGGAACGCUUGAUUCUCAGGAUAUUCUGCUUUUCAAUAACAGUCUGGGCGAUGGAGAGAAUGCUGGUCCUGGACCCAGGGGGGAGGGGGAAAGAGCUCGGAGGGCGUGUGAGAUGGCUGAGAAUGAAUGGGCUGGUCGGAUUGAUGGCUUGUUGCGUAUGGAGGCUGGGUUUGAGGUUAUUCUUUGUUCGUUUGCGAGGGAUUUGACUCCUUUGCGCAUUAUUCAGACCCAGUCUGAUGAGUCGGGCGAUAAGGGUCCUGGUGCUCAUAUGCGUGAUGAUGCAGGGCCACCCAAGGAUCCUAGCUUCGGCGGUCCUGGUGGCCCUGGUGGCCCUGGAGGUCCUGGCGGUGGCCCCGGAGGCAUGGAAGCAUCACGCUGGGCACGCGCUGUUGCAUCACGAUACGACGGCAUCGGAGGACGCAGGGUUCACCUCAACUAUGACAGCUUCGUGACGGCGCUCUCGCACGAUAUCGACCUCUUCCCAGCUGGCUCGAGUCUUCCUCGCCUUACCCAUCUUGAAGCCUCGACACUAGAGCCCGUCCGCAAAGAAAUCACCGAGAUGAUCCUUACUCAUGAUCCUCGCGAGAUAUCCUGGGAGUGGCAAGCUACUACUGAUAUGAUUGUGACACGGUACGCGGAUGAGCUUGCGUACUUCGUAUCUGAUGAUAUGGCGACGAUGGAGGAGCUGCGUAAGCAGAUUACCCUGCUUAUGAGACCGUUUGUGGAUUACAGUGAGCGGAACAUUAGCAUGGAGGCUGAGCGGUGUGCGGUGCAGUUCCUGCCAUUCCAGUUGCAGGAUGCGGCUACUUUCCCUGCGCGCGCUGUGCAUCAUGUUGCCUAUAGAGUUUGUUAUACGCUGAUGGAGGCUGUUCGGCAGGAUAGUCUUACUUCGGCGAAGGAGAUGAUUCAAGAAGUUAUGACAGAUCUUGAUUGGACGGUUUGGAAGAAGUGUCGGGGAUGUUUGGAGAGUGAGAUUUGUGUUGUGCCGAUUUGGCCGAUGGGGUCGGUGGGGGAUUAUGAGAAUCCGCAGUGUAGGGAUGCUUUGAGUCCUUAUGACCACGAGGGGGAGAAUUACUGGGGAGAUCACCGUCGCCCUUGA